UCAGUUUCACCGCUUGAUCUUGGGACCCACCGCUGCCCUCAGCUCCGAGUCCAGGGAGAGUGCAGAGCAGAGCGGGCGGAGGACCCCGGGCGCGGGCGCGGACGGCACGCGGGGCAUGAACCUGGAGGGCAGCGGCCGAGGCGGAGAGUUCGGCAUGAGCGCGGUGAGCUGCGGCAACGGGAAGCUGCGCCAGUGGCUGAUCGACCAGAUCGACAGCGGCAAGUACCCCGGGCUGGUGUGGGAGAACGAGGAGAAGAGCAUCUUCCGCAUCCCCUGGAAGCACGCGGGCAAGCAGGACUACAACCGCGAGGAGGACGCCGCGCUCUUCAAGGCUUGGGCACUGUUUAAAGGAAAGUUCCGAGAAGGCAUCGACAAGCCAGACCCUCCUACCUGGAAGACACGUUUACGAUGUGCUCUGAACAAGAGCAAUGACUUCGAGGAACUGGUUGAGCGGAGCCAGCUGGACAUCUCAGACCCGUACAAAGUGUACAGGAUUGUUCCUGAGGGAGCCAAGAAAGGAGCCAAGCAGCUCACCCUGGAGGACCCGCAGAUGUCCAUGAGCCACCCCUACACCAUGACAACGCCUUACCCCUCGCUCCCAGCCCAGCAGGUUCACAACUACAUGAUGCCACCCCUCGACCGAAGCUGGAGGGACUACGUCCCGGAUCAGCCACACCCGGAAAUCCCGUACCAAUGUCCCGUAACGUUUGGACCCCGCGGCCACCACUGGCAAGGCCCAGCUUGUGAAAAUGGUUGCCAGGUGACAGGAACCUUUUAUGCUUGUGCCCCACCUGAGUCCCAGGCUCCCGGAAUCCCCACAGAGCCAAGCAUAAGGUCUGCCGAAGCCUUGGCGCUCUCAGACUGCCGGCUGCACAUCUGCCUGUACUACCGGGAAAUCCUCGUGAAGGAGCUGACCACGUCCAGCCCCGAGGGCUGCCGGAUCGCCCAUGGACAUACCUAUGAGGCCAGCAACCUGGACCAGGUCCUGUUCCCCUACCCAGAGGACAAUGGCCAGAGGAAGAACAUUGAGAAGCUGCUGAGCCACCUGGAGAGGGGCGUGGUCCUCUGGAUGGCCCCCGACGGGCUCUAUGCAAAAAGACUGUGCCAGAGCAGGAUCUACUGGGAUGGGCCCCUGGCGCUGUGCAGCGACCGACCCAACAAACUGGAGAGAGACCAGACCUGCAAGCUCUUUGACACACAGCAGUUUUUGUCAGAGCUGCAAGCGUUUGCUCACCACGGCCGCUCCCUGCCAAGAUUCCAGGUGACUCUGUGCUUUGGAGAGGAGUUUCCAGACCCUCAGAGGCAAAGAAAGCUCAUCACAGCUCACGUAGAACCUCUGCUAGCCAGACAACUAUAUUAUUUUGCUCAGCAAAACAGUGGACAUUUCCUGAGGGGCUACGAUUUAGCAGAACACAUCAGCAAUCCAGAAGAUUACCACAGAUCUAUCCGCCAUUCCUCCAUUCAAGAAUGAAAAAUGUCAAGAUGAGUGGUUUUCUUUUUCCUUUUUUUUUUUUUUUUUUUUUGAUACGGGGUCUUGUUCUGUCUCCCAGGCUGGAGUGCAGUGACACAAUCUCAGCUCACUGUGACCUCCGCCUCCCGGGUUCAAGAGACUCUCCUGCCUCAGCCUCCCUGGUAGCUGGGAUUACAGGUGUGAGCCACUGCACCCACCCAAGACACAUGGUUUUCCUUGUAAAUAUUUGACUUUAGUGAAAGCAUCCAGUUGACUACCCUCUUACUGUUGUGAGGAACGCAGAAGUGGAGAUUUCAGCUCAGCGGUUGAGGAGAAUUGCGGCGAGACAAGCAUGGAAAAUCAGUGACAUCUGAUUGGCAGAUGAGCUUAUUUCAAAAGGAAGGGUAGCUUUGCAUUUCCUGUCUUCUAUAGACUGCCAUCAUUGAUGAUCACUGUGAAAAUUGACCAAGUGAUGUGUUUACAUUUACUGAAAUGCACUCUUUAAUUUGUUGUAGAUUAUGUCUUGCUGGAAGACAGAGAAAACUUGCCUUUCAGUAUUGACACUGACUAGAGUGUUGACUGCUCGUAGGUAUGUCUGUGCCAUUUCUCAGGGAAGUAAGAUGUAAACUGAAGAAGCCUCGCACAUAAAAGAAAUGUAUUAAUGUAUGUAGGAGCUGCAGUGCUUGUGGAAGACACUUGCUGAGUGAAGGAAAUGGAAUCUUUGACUGAAGCCGUGCCUGUAGCCUUGGGGAGGCCCAUCCACCACCUGCCCACCGUCUCCUGGUGUGGGCCCCUCUGCCCUGCCCUCCUUCCCAUUGGCUUUCUCUCCUUGGCCUUCCCUGGAAGCCAGUUAGUAAACUUCCUAUUUUCUUGAGCCAAAAAACAUGAGAGCUACUCUUGGAUGGGACAUUUUUGUCUGUUCUACAAUCUAGUAAUGUCUAAGCAAUGGUUAAUUCUUUUUUCUGUGUCUUUUUGACCCUCAUUCUUUAGAAAUGCUAAAAUUCUUUGCAUAAAGAAGAAGAAAUUAAGGAACAUAAAUCUUAAUACUUGAACUGUUGCCCUUCUGUUCAAGUACUCAACUAUCUGUUCCCUUUCUCUGUGCCACGCUCCUCUGUUUGUUUGGCUGUCCAGUGAUCAGCCAUGGUGACACUAAAGGAGGAGGAGCCGGGGACUCCCAGGCUGGAGAGCAUUGCCAGGACCCACCACUGGAAGCAGGAUGGAGCUGACUCCGGAACUGCACACCCAGUGGGCUGUUUCUGCUUAUUUCUUCUGUUCUGUGCUUCCUUGUGCCAAUUAUAGUUUGACAAGGCCUUAAAAUUACUUGGCUUUUUCCAAAUGCAUCUAUUUAUAGAAUCCCAAAGACCUCCACUUGCUUAAGUAAACCUGAUCACUUACAUUUUUGUGGUUUUGAGAAAGUACAGCAGUAGACUGGGGCGUCACCUCCAGGGCGUUUCUCAUACUACAGGAUAUUUACUAUUACUCCCAGGAUCAGCAGAAGAUUGUGUAGCUCUCAAAUGUGUGCUCCUGCUUUUCCAAUGGAUAUUUUAAAUUCAUUCAACAAGCACCUAGUAAGCGCCUGCUGUAUCCCUACAGCAGCCUUUAUCAAGCUUAGUGAGCAGUGAGCACUGAAACAUCAUUUUUCAAUGUUUAAAAAGUUUCUAAUAUUAAAGUCAUAUGUAUUAACUACAGAAAAGACAAACAGUAGAGAAGAGCAAAAAAAUAAAAAGCAUCUCCUUUUUUCCCAGCCCAAAUUCUCCUCUCUGAGUGUCCACAAGAAGGGGUGUUUAUUCUUCCAACACAUUUCACUUUUCUGUAAAUAUACAUAAACUUAAAAAGAAAACCUCAUGGGGUCAUCGUGCACACACUUUCGUGCAGUGCUCUUUGUAGCUAACAGUGAAGAUUUUACCUCGUUCUGCUCGGAGGCUUUGCUGUGGAGCUCCGCUGCCAUGUACCCAGUAGGGUUUGACAUUCCAUUAGCCACGCAACACGGAUAUGUAUUGGGCAGCAGACUGUGUUUCGUGAACUGCAGUGAUGUAUACAUCUUAUAGAUGCAAAGGAUCUUGGGGUAUAUUACCCUAUGGGAUGGUAACGAUGAUAUUAAGAACCGCAGUUUCACGGGGCCCUUACCUGUGGCCUCUCGCUGAAGAGUAUUUAACCCCACACAGCACGUCAGAGAAGCCAUCUCAGAAGUCUCUCAGGAGCACUCUGUCUUCUUAAUUCUCCAAGCAGAUGCUCCAUUUCAAUUGCUUGGUGACUUCUUCUUUGUUUUUUUAAAUUUUAUGCUGCUUUAACAGUGGAGCUAAAUUUUCUGGAAAAUGCUUGUUGGCUGGGGCCACUACCUCCUUUCCUAUCUUUACAUCUAUGUGUAUGUUGACUUUUUAAAAUUUUGAGUGAUCCAGGUAUGACCUAGGGAAUGAACUAGCUAUGAAAUACUCAGGGUUAGGAAUCCUAGCACUUGUCUCAGGACUCUGAAAAGGAACGGCUUCCUCAUUCCUUGUCUUGAUAAAGUGGAAUUGGCAAACUAGAAUUUAGUUUGUACUCAAUGGACAAUGCUGUUGAAGAUUUGGGGACUUGUUAAAGAGCAUUGGGUCAUAUGGAAAAAAUGUAUGUGUCUCCCAGGUGCAUUUCUUGGUUUAUGUCUUGUUCUUGAGAUUUUGUGUAUUUAGGAAAACCUCAAGCAGUAAUUAAUAUCUCCUGGAACACUAUAGAGAACCAAGUGACCGACUCAUUUACAACUGAAACCUUGGAAGCCCCUCAGUCCUGAGUGAAAACAGGAGAGUUAGUCGCCCUACAGAAAACCCAGCUAGACUAUUGGGUAUGAGCUAAAAAGAGACUGCGCCAUGGUGAGAAAAAAUGUAAAAUCCUACAGUGGAAUGAGCAGCCCUUACAGUAUCGUUACCACCAGGGGCAGGUAGGUAUUAGUGUUUGAAAAAGGUGGUCUUUGAGCAAGGGCAUAAAUACAGCUAGCCCCGGGGGCGGAACAACACUGGGAGUCUUGGGUACUCGCACCUCUUGGCUUUGUUGAUGCUCCACCAGGAAGGCCGUGUGUGUGUGCGUGUCAGUUACUUUUUUGUAACAAUUCAGAUCCAGUGUAAACUUCCUUUCAUUGCUCUCCAGUCACAUGUCCCCACUUCCCCACAGGUGAAAGGUUUUCUGAAAGUGUUGGGAUUGGUUAAGGUCUUUAUUUGUAUUACGUAUCUCCCCAAGUCCUCUGUGGCCAGCUGCCAUCUGUCUGAAUGGUGCAUGAAGGCUGUCAGACCUUACACACCAUUUUGCAAGUUAUGUUUUACAUGCCCCAUUUUUGAGACUGAUCCUCAAUGUAGGUGGAUCUCCUUCAGAUCCUGAUAGGCUGUUACAUGAAUGCAGUAAAGGUCAGUUUUUGUUGUAUUGAUUUUCACAGCUUUGAGGAACGUGCAUAACAAAUGUAGCUGAAGUAGAGGGGACGUGAGAGAAGGGCCAGGCCGGCAGGCCAACCCUCCUCCAAUGGAAAUUCCCGUGUUGCUUCAAACUCUGAGACAGAUGAGACUUAACAGGCAAUGGGGUCCACUUCCCCCUCUUCAGCAUCCCCUAUACCCCACUUUCUGCUGAGUGAACUGCCAGCAGGUAGGACCCUAGAGGCCCCCAACUGAAAGCUUGAAUUUCCCCUACUGGCUCUGCAUGUUGCUGAGAUCUGUAGGAAAGGAUGCUUCACAAACUAAGGUGGAUAAUGCUGUGCUGCCGGUGGUAUACGUCAUGAAUUUUUAUGUAAAUUGCUCUGCAAAGCAAAUUGAUAUGUUUGAUAAAUUUAUGUUUUUAGGUAAAUAAAAACUUUUAAAAAUUUGUUA